AUGUGGACGUUCGGGCGCCGCGCGGCCGCCGGCCUCCUGCUCCGCUCGGCGCCCCCGGGCUCGGCCCCGGCCGGCGCCGGGACCCGGGGGCCGACCAGGAACGCCCCGCUCUACGGCCGCCGGGGGUUGCGCGUCGGGACCGGAGCCACCCGCGUACCCAGCCACGCCAGUCUGAGCCUCCACCGCCUUGAUCAGAUGGUGAAUGUCAAAAAGCAGAGUGUGUGCUGGGUGACUGUGAGACCAGCAGGAACGGCGGGCGACCCUGGCUCUCUGGAUGAGACCACCUAUGAAAGACUGGCUGAGAAGACACUAGACUCCUUAGCAGAGUUCUUUGAAGACCUCGCAGACAAACCUUACACGUUCGAAGACUAUGAUGUCUCGUUUGGGAGUGGUGUGCUGACAGUCAAACUGGGUGGAGAUCUGGGAACCUACGUGAUCAACAAGCAGACCCCAAACAAGCAGAUCUGGUUAUCUUCACCCUCCAGCGGCCCCAAGCGCUACGACUGGACGGGGAGGAACUGGGUGUACGCCCACGACGGCGUGUCCCUGCACGAGCUGCUGGCCGCGGAGCUGACCGAAGCCUUCCGGACCCAACUGGACUUAUCCUCUCUGGCCUAUUCCGGAAAAGGCGCUUGAUGCCCCGUCCAGUCCCGGGGACAGUAACAGGUCUGAAGCCAAGACUCCAGCUCCGUCCCGCUGCUGGGGGUCUGGUUGGUUCCAUUCCCGCUUUGGAGGACAGUGGCGUGUUGUGUAAGGACUCGGUGAAAAGAACGUGUUGCCUCCCACCCUCCCCUAAGUUCAGACUUUUAAUUUCCGUAGUGUUUUGGGAUUUAUUGUCUGAUGUCCUCCCUCGCAGGAUAUAUUCCUUCUCUUUUAUAGUGUCCCGAUACUCGUACAUUUAUAUAGAACCUCACAGCAAGAAAAAUAAGGAGAAAUUCAGGAGGAGAAAUGACUUGAUUUCACUCUUCGUUCUUUGAAGGACUUAAUUGCAUAAAACCACACAAAGAGCGGCGAGCGGACCUCCCUUUUCUGUCCCCAGAUGAAGACGCAUUAAAGGGUCAUCUAUAAAUGGUGCCACACCUCCUGAAAAUGUCAAUGUUCCUAUGCCCUGUAGUACGAAAGUGUCAGUAACGUUCAGGAAUUCUCAAACCAAAGAUCAUUCUCUCUCCCCGCUGGUGUCUCUGCCGGGUGUGGCCUAUACGGGAGACCCAGGGAGACGUGAUGGUGUUUCUUCCAUAGAGACAUGCUAGGGACAUACGCACACAUUCCAUCUCAAGGUGCGUGUGUUUGUGUGUGUGUUUUUUUUAAGUUAUUUUUUAUGGAUACAGCUGCUGCAGCACAGGUCUGAGAAUGCAAAAACUCUCCCAAAGACAAGAAGGGAAGAAGGGCCAUUAUCAUAAGCGCGUGGAUGGAGUGUAAUAACCUAGGUCACGGGGUGAGGUCAUGCUUAGCAAAUCGUGAAGGACCCCACAAAUGCAAAGAUGUUCGUGUUCAUGAAAAGAGCCCUAGUCCUUCACUUGGCAAAGCGCAACCAUUUCUUACUAAAGAAAGAUUUCUCAGUGACGGGUCUAUGCAGAUGUGCGGGAUCUCGGUUCUCUGUCUCUGGGCAAGUUUCACAAACUCCGUGACCUGUUUCCCCACGUGUUAAAUGAGCGGGUGGAACUGAGAGAAUAUAGGGGAUUCUCAGUCCAGACCUUCGUGGGCCUGUCAGGCCAGCUUAACAGGGGAGGGGAUGACAAUGAACAAGUUUCUUAAGUUAGAGCAUAAACAUAGGGUUAUAGGUGUUCCACUUGAAUUUCGGUUGAAUUAAUGUUCAAAUAGUACCCAUCGUCCGUGUCUUUACUGUGCUGACUUGUGCUCUGGGCUGAAUGUCUGUGUCCCUCCCCAAAAUUCCUGUGGUGAAUCCUUACCCCCAGUGUGAUGGAGUUAGGAGGUACGGCUUCCGGAAGGGGGUUGGGUCGUGAGGACAGAGCCUCAUGACUGGAAUUAGUCCCCUUAUGAGAGAGACCCCAGAGAGCUCCUCGCCCCUCACCUCUCCUCACCCCUCCUACCAUGUGAGGACACAGUGAGAAGUCGGCCGUCUGUGAACCAGGAAGUAGAACUUCACCAGACCCUCCGUGUGUGGGGCCUUGACCUUGGGCUUCCCAGCCCCCAGAACUAUGGGAAAUAAAUUCUGAUUGUUUAUAAGCUA